AUGGUUGUAAAAAGUAAGAAGGUGGAGGAACAUAUAUCCGACCUUGAGAAGGUGUUCGCCACCCUAAGAAAAUAUAAGAUGAAGCUCAACCCAGAGAAGUGUGUAUUUGGCGUAGCUUCAGGAAAGUUUCUAGGUUUCAUGAUCACUUAUCGGGGGAUUGAGGCUGACCCCGACAAAAUUCAGGCUCUAGCAGCAAUGGAAUCACCAAGGACCAAGAAAGAGGUUCAAAAGUUGACAGGCAGGGCUGCCUUAAAUAGGGGUAAUCAUUACUUUGAAUGGAAUGAGGAGUGUGAGAAGGCUUUUCAAGAGCUCAAGCAGACAUUGGAAUCUCCUCCUAUCCUCACCAAACCCGAGCCUGGAGAUACUCUAUACACAUUGGCAGAGCAACUUGCCCUUGCACUGAUAGUAGCAUCACGAAAACUUCGGCAAUAUUUCCAGUCACAUCCUAUUAUUGUGCUUACCAAUCAGCCUCUAAAACACAUUCUUCAGAAACCAGACGUCUCAGGAAGAUUAUUAAGGUGGGCAAUUGAACUCGGAGAAUUUGACAUAGAGUUCAAGCCCCAUCCAUCUAUCAAAGGUCAGGCAUUAGCUGACUUCAUUGCAGAACUCACUCCAAGGCCUCGGGGGCCAGAUAGUAGCUCGAGCUUGAGCAUAACUGCGUGGGAAAUUUUCGUAGAUGGAGCAUCGAACUCCUCGAGCUCGGGCACAGGGGUCAUCAUCAUAAGUCCGGGCAUGCUCAUAAACAUUCAGUGUGCACUAAGGUUCGAAUUUGAGGCGACCAAUAAUGAAGUUGAGUAUGAGGCCGUCAUCAUAGCUAUGGAACUCGCCAUAAAUCUCGAGCUUGAAAAUAUCAAAAUUUAUAGUGAUUCCCAGUUGGUGGUUGAGCAAAUCGAAGGGACGUUCGAUAGAAAGGAUGAGAAGAUGAGCUUCUACUGCUUGAAAGUGCAUGAUCUCCAGAGAAAAUUCAAGAGUUGUGAAAUUGUAAAAAUUUCUCGGGUUGAGAAUUGUAGGGCAGAUGCCUUGUCAAGAUUGGUGUUCAUGGGAAUAAAUGGGCUUGAUGGGACAGUCCAUGUCAGAAUUGUAACUGAGUCAAGCAUCAAUCAGACUGUAGGCAUCAUGGAUAUUGAUAAUGAGCCAUCAUGGAUGGAUCCAAUAGUGGACUUCAUAAAACAUGGCAGUCUUCCAACAAAUCUUCGAGCAGCGAGAAGCAUCCGGUCCAAAGCUCCGAGGUAUUGCAUGAUUGAAGGUGUUUUAUUUCACAGGAGCCUCACACUUUCGUACCUCAGAUGCCUUAGGCCUUCCGAAUCAUCCCAGGCCCUAGAAGAAGUUCAUGAAGGUGUAUGA